AUUUUUAGGGUUUCUUUCUGGGCUCUCGCUUACGGUGGGAUCUCUAAUAAGAGAAGAACUGUGAAAAUCGAGAACAGAACUUCAGACAGAGCGUCUCCCUUGAUCUACAUUGGCCGUAUAAAAGUUACAGAGCAAGGUCUGAUGGCUGCCAACAACCCGCCCACCGCAUUUGACAAAGAACAGAUAUUUGGGAUGGCAGAAAAAGAAAUGGAGUACAGGGUGGAAUUAUUCAAUAAGCUUACCCAAACAUGCUUUAAUAAAUGUGUUGAAAACAGGUACAAGGAUGCUGAGCUUAACAUGGGGGAAAAUAGUUGCAUUGAUCGUUGUGUUUCAAAAUAUUGGCAGGUGACAAAUAUGGUUGGGCAGCUGCUUGGUUCUAAUCGACCUCCACUGUGAUUCAAGUUUUGGCUUGCUUCCAUCCUAAAUUUUUCUCAGGAUAUCUCCUAUUAUGCAUACAUUAAUUGUUACUUUUGAUAACUUACUGGUUGCAAGGCAACUGCGUUUUCAUUUUCUCCCCUUUGUUUUAAGUUCCAACCAAUGGGUUGCUUAGGAAGAUCAAUAGAGUUUUGUGAUUAUGCUGUGGAGAAGAAUUCUAUGAAAUUUUGGUUUUUAUUUGUAGGUUUCAAGAUUUUCAUUGCUUCUGUGAUGUUGGCAUAGAAAAUAAUAAAUCUUUAAGAUUUAUUU